AAGGUGUUUUGAAUGGUGUACAGGUAAAAUCGCACUUGCUUUGCAUGCUUUUUCCCAACUUCAGGCAGCCUAACGUUGGCUUUAUGCUCAGUUUUUGAUUUUUCUCGAUAAUAGUCAAUAAAUGGAUACUUCAGGAAUGCAUGUUCAGGUACUGAUCAUGACUCGGCACAGACUGUUACAUGUAACUACAUUUGUGUAAGAUGGCAGAUCUUGUUCAGCAUCAGGAAACCAAUGUAUUAGAUCAGCAAUAUGAAUUUGGGGGCAUGAUCACAAGCAUAUUCCAAAGCAGUGAACAGGCAUCUGAAGAAGGACUAAUUGACUGUUUACAGGACGCAUUGCAAGACAUUAUAUCACAAGAAUCAGAAGAAUAUACAAUUGCUAAAAAGACUCUAGAAAAGGACAGAAGUGAAGUUGUUGAUUUGAAGAGCUUAGAACCAUAUGGAAGUGAUUUUGGUCCUUCACUUGAUGAAACUGUAGAUGAAAUCCUGACAGAUAGCAACAGUAUAAGGAAAUGUCCCCAAGAAGUACAUGUCAACAUUGAAAUAGGUGAAGAGAAUAAUUUUCAACAAGAAGAAAGUAUUCCAACUGUGUCAGAUUUUAUACUUUCUGUAAACAAUUCUGCAAGUAGAAAUGUUUUUCAGGAUUCUGAAAGUGGUACAUGUACUGACAAAACUACAACUUCGGAUCUACCUUAUCACCUGAGAGUUGUUUCUGAGAAUUCUGAGAAGUCUGAGAAUCUUAUCAUAAAGAAAACACAUAAUGAUUCCAACAGUGAAGACUUGGACCAAACAUCUGAACAUUACAGAAUAACAAAAUCAGUUAGUCAAACAGGGGUAAGGUUCAAGUCAUCUAGUGAUGUUAGGGACACUGAAUUGGGUAUCAUUGGAAAGAAUAUAAAUUAUUCUGCCAAUACCAAUUAUUCUGCCAAUGGACAAGAUAGCGCUUCUAAACAAGAGGAGGAAAAAAAGACCAAUAAUGGCAAAAUGGAAGCUGCUGGAGUCAAUGACUCUGACCCACCAGGUAAUGACGAUGAUACUGCAGCGAAUCCCAAACCAAUUAUCACUAAAGAACAAGGUACUAGGAAGGAUCGAGAUGUUACUGACCAACACAAUACACCAGGAGAAAAUGUUGGAGAGAAGUUGAAUACAAAAGAAAAGGACCCGUCACAGAAUGAAGGAGAAAGCUGUUAUCAAACUACAGGAGAUUCUGGCAAUCCCAGGAAAGAUGAGGGAAAAGAUAUGGAUGAAGUUGAAAAUGUCAUUUUAAUUGAAGAUCCCAAAAGAAAGGAACACAAAUUUGAAGAAAAUGAUCAAGAGAUUGGAAAUCCACAGGAGGAAAGAAAACAUAAACAUGAUUUAGAUCUAAACACAGAAAGUGAACAUUCUGUAAAGAAUGGUAGAGAGAGACAGACAGUACUAAAGGACAACAAGGAUUCACCUGACAUGCCUGGAGCAAAUGAUAGCAUUCAUUUUGCCGAAGAUUCUACAAGUGAGGAGUCUGUGGAAAAGCUGUCUCUGAAAGACUUGGCCUUUGGAAAUGAGGGAUACAAACAUUUUAAAUUGUAUGCAAAGAUAGAUAAGAAUAUUCGGGUUGACGAACUAGUUGAGGCCAAGGAAGCAUUAAAGAUGAACUACGACUGGAGGAUUCGACAAAUUGAUGAAAUAAUUGAUGUGGCAAAAGCCUACUACAAGAACCCAAAGAACAGCAAGGCAGUGACCGAGUGGCAUGAGCUGAAGAAAACUGUUUCUGUGGACAAGAGAAGUGCAGUCAAGAGUAAUACAGACAUCAAGUUUCAUCUGGCCUCUCUGCAUGAGCAUAGGACGAUUUUCACAUACAUCCUCAUUGUAAUGCAGCUGGUGUCGGUGGUUGUGACAUGCAUACUCGGGAAGCUGACCUUUAUAGGGCUGGAGCCUAAGUUAGAGCUAAUGGCAGGAAUGAAGACCUUUAUUGGCACAGAGAUGGUCCAUAAAUGGAUCCCUCCGAAUGUGUGGAUAGGACCUUCAGAACGAUACCUAAUCAGUAUUGGAGCUCUGUAUGCCCCAUGCAUGAGAGAAGACUUUGGAAUCCAGAUAGACUAUAGUAAAGAGGGAUACAGUAAAACCAGUACACUUGGCUGUUGUGAGGUGGCAGGCAGAAAUGUAGCGGGAACCACAACUCUAGCAGAGUGUGUUAAUAGCACUAAUGGCAUUGGAGUAUGGAGAGAAGGUGUUUUAUGUAGCGAGCGACCAUCAGGACAGAACUCUGUGGGCCAUGUGUUGAAGCCUUGUUGUACAGGACUCCGAGGACAGUGUCAGCUGUUGUCACAUGAACACUGCCAGUUUCUGGAGGGCAGCUUUCAUGUCAAUGGACCAGAGCACUGUAGCCAGGUAAAUUGUCUGAGUUCAGUGUGUGGGAUGGGAGGGUUAGAGGCAGACCCUAUACAACCAUGGCUCCCUAGGGACCCUAUCCAAUGGUGGAGACUACCCCUGUCCCUAGUCUAUCACCAUGGAGUGAUUCAUGCUGUCCUCGUGAGCCUUGCCCAGGUGCUACUGUUCAGGAAGAUUGAGAGGACCCUUGGUUGGCUUCGACUCACCAUUGUCUAUCUUAUGACAGGAUUAGGGGGCCUGCUGACUGCUGCUGUCUUUAAUCCCUAUGUGCCACAUGUAGGUGGCACAGCCACAGUGUUUGGGAUGGCUGGUUUAAUCACAGUAGAACUGAUACACUACUGGCACAUUGUCAAAAAACCUGCUGUGGAGCUGACAAAGAUUUGCGGACUUUUAGUGGUCUUCUUGAUGCUUGGUACCCUUCCUUAUAUUGACAAUUAUAGCAUUGUGUCUGGAUUCCUCUUGGGUGUCAUAUGCUCCGUCUUGUUCCUGCCUUUCUUGUCCUUCAGGCAGCAGCAGAAGCACUGUCGCAUUGUCCUUCUGUGUGUUGGUGGACCCUUAAUAUUUCUGGUGUAUUUUGUCUUGCUUUAUGUUUUUUAUAAGGUACAAACUUUUGAAGAAUGUUCUGGAUGUAAAUUGUUUAAUUGUGUGCCAUACACAGAAACAAUGUGUGACCCCUCAUUGUGGACGCAAGAAUAAGAAAGUGGUAUCAUAUAUAUAUAUAUAUAAAUGAUGUAUUGUACAUUAAAACAAGUUUAUAAUAAAUAUUCAUGGUGUGGUGAAGUUUUGCAUUUAAUAAAGUUAUUAAAGUUAAUUUAU